GCGUUUCACCUAUCUAUGUCAUAGAUUGGCACAUUUCAGGAUGAGUUGUUCACUGAGCCUGGUGUCAAAAGCUAUUAUUGGACUAACAAGGAAGUUUUCAGUUUUGAUACUUACAGGACAUUCUUAAAAUACGAUGACCUUUUAUAUAUCAAAAGCACAAAGAAAAGUUGAUUUCUCCUUCAAUAUAAAACCCCCAUUACCUUCAAGGGGUUGAUCGGUAUUGCUCCAUGUGGAGCAGUUAGCUUUGUAUCCAGCUUUUAAACAGGCCCCGCUUCCGAUUAAGAGUUGACGAAACAGUCAGGGAUUCUUGAUUUGCUGGAGCCAGAUGAUGCUUGCAUGGCUGACAAAGGAUUCACCACUGAGAAGAUGAUGGCAGAACAGGGGGCCAAACUCAUCAUACCACCUUUUAAAACAGCAGCUCAGUUAAGCAAAAAAAAAAAAAAAAAAUGCAGAGAGAACAAAAGCCAUAGCUCGUCUUUGAAUUCUUGUUGAGAGCCAUCAGAAGAGUGAAGGAGUUUCACAUAUGGAACACCACUGUGCCUUUAACCUUGUCUGGAACAGUUAACCAGCUGAUGAAGAACUGCUGCUUGAUGAGCAGUUUUCAGUGGCCGCUUGGGUAUGUCCAUCAUAGCCUUUUUAUUAUAAAGAGUGGCUAGUAAUAUAUUGUAUUUAUAUUUUACACCUCUUGUAUUUAUAUUUUUUUCCACGUUGUACAGUUUAUUAUCAGCUAUACAUUGUUGAACUAAUGUAACAAUUGUAAUUUCAUAAAACAUUUAUUGAAAAUCAUAUCUCUGAGUUAACAAAAUAUACAUCUUAUACAAAUAUCAAAUCUUGAAAUCAUUAGAUCUCAAAAUAAAAAUGUUAACACUUUAAAUUAGGGUACACAUAUUCACUAUUAACUAGUUGCUUAUUAGGCAUGCUGUUACUAGCAUAUUAGCUGUUUAUUAGCACAUAAUAUUAAUGCCUUAUUCUGCAUGACCAUAUACUACACCUAUCAGACAAUUAACUAAGAGUUUUUCUUUAAUAAAUCCAUAGUUACUGCUUAUUGUGAGUGAGUAAGGCAGUUGUUUUAUGAGAAUUAUGAUCUAAAUAUGCUUUGCUUAGUAUGGGCCUUACAAGCUGGUAGUACCAGAAGAAUAGUCAUUCUCUCUUAAUAAGACUUAAUAAAUAGAGUCUAUUCUUAUGUAACAACACUCAUAACUACAAGUGUUAAUAGUGUCCAAUUAACUCUAAUUAAGUCUUUCUAAGUCUGAAUUUGUUUGGGAGUUUUUGCAUUUUAAUGCUGAUAAAUGGUUUCUACACCCAGACAUUAAAGUUUUUCCUUUUGAGACAGAAUCUCACUCUAUCAUUAGUAGAUCACUUCACAUUUUCAGUACAUCAUUGGACAACACAUAUUUAAUUAUGUAUUUCACCAAGAAAUCAACUCUGAACUCCUCUGACAUAUAUUUUAAUUUUUCAGUGCAUUUGUGUGAUUGUAAACAGCAGCAGCGUGUGAACAGGACUUUUAUUUUGGUCUAAUGGUGUGACAUGAUAAGGCUGCACCGCGCUCGUGCAUCUGCUGGGAUUCGGCUGAAGGAAGCUGGACCUUUGUCAACUCCAUCAGUGAUGCUGCCUUCACCCACUCUCGGGAUUAUCGUAAAUAUGUCUUUCCAAGUGUCCAGAAACUCCCGGUGAAGCGACUGAGAUCCACACGACACACUAUUAUAAAGAUGGCGUUUAUUAAACUGGAGAGUGAAAACGUGAAGAUUGAAGAAGUAUUUAGUUUGAAACAUGAAGAAACUGAGGAACAAACGAAGAUGCUGUUUUUUAAAGAGGAGGGUGAAGACGUGAAGAUUGAAGAAACAUUCAGAGUGAAACAAGAAGAAACUGAGGAACAAACAGACCUGAUGGGACUGAAAGAGGAUCAAGAACUGAAAGAAAUAGAAGAGAAAGGUCAAUAUAAGAGACAUGAUUAUAUGGAUCUAGUAAAAUCCACACAGACUGAAAGGAAAAAUCAGAAAACCGAAUCUAACAGUGACUUGGCCUGCUCUCAUUGUGGAAAGAGUUUCACCCAAAAACAUAAACUUGAAAUCCACAUGAGAACUCACACUGGAGAGAAGCGUUUCACAUGCCAACAGUGUGGAUUGAGUGUCACUGCAAAAGCAAGCCUUAAUUACCACAUGAUGAUUCACACUGGAGAGAAGCCUUACACAUGUGAUCAGUGUGGAAAGUGUUUCAGAGUUAAAUCAACCCUUGAUUCACACAAGAGGAUUCACACUGGAGAGAAGCCUUUCACAUGUCAACAGUGUGGAAAGUGUUUCACUGGAAAAGGAAACCUUAACUCCCACAUGAGAAUUCACAGUGAAGAGAAGCCGUUCACAUGUGAUCAGUGUGGAAAGAGUUUCAGACAUAAAGUAACCCUUAAUUCCCACAUGCAAAGUCACAAUGGAGAGAAGCCGUUUGCUUGUGUUCAGUGUGGAAAGAGUUUCAGACAUAAAGUAACCCUUAAUGUCCACACAAAGAGAAAACACUCAGACCUGAUGGUGCUGAAAGAAGAGAAUCAAGAACUGAAAGAAAUAGGAGAGAAAAUUCACACUGGAGAGAAGCCUUUCACAUGUCAACAGUGUGGAAAGAGUUUCACUAAAAAAAUAUACCUUAAAUCCCACAUGAGAGUUCACACUGAAGAGAAGCCGUUCAAAUGUGAUCAGUGUGGAGAGAGUUUCAAAUAUAAAGUAACCCUUAAUUCCCACAUCAUCAGUCACACUGGAGAGAAGCCAUUCACAUGUGAUCAUUGUGGAAAGAGUUUCCAACUCAAAGUAACCCUUAAUGCCCACAAAAAGACAAAACACUCAGACCUGAUGGCACUGAAAGAAGAGAAUAAAGAACUGGAAGAAAUAGAAGAGAAAGAUCAAUAUAACAGUCAUGAUUUCAUUGAUGUAGAGAAAUCCAUUCAGACUGAAAUGUCUUCACUAAAUAAAGCACAGAAGACCAAAUCUAACAGUAACUUCACCUGCUCUCAUUGUGGAAAGAGUUUCAAUAAAAAACAUAACCUUAAAUGCCACAUGAAAGUUCACACCAAGCCUUUCACAUGUCAACAGUGUGGAAAGAGCUUCAUUCACAGAGGAAGCCUAAAUUCCCACAUGACAGUUCACACUGGAGAGAAGCCGUUCACAUGUGAAAGGUGUGGAAAGAGUUUCAAAAAUAGAGGAUCCCUUAAUUCCCACAUGCAGAGAGAACACUCAGGAGAGAACGGAGUAAGCCUCAACACUCGGAACUCUUUCACCUGCAAACAGUGUGGGAAGAACUUCACAUGCAAAGCACACCUUGAUUCCCACAUGAGACGUCACACUGGAGAGAAGCCUUUCACAUGUGACCAGUGUGGGACUAGCUUCUCGCACAAAGGAACUCUUAAGACGCACAUGACAAUUCACACUGGGGAGAAGCCAUUCACAUGUGAUCAGUGUGGAAAGAGUUUCAGACUUAAGCCAAUUCUUGAUUCACACAUGAAAAGUCACAGUGUUAAGAGUACUUACACCUGUAAACAGUGUGGGAAGAGCUUCUCAUAUAAGAAAACAUUUGAUGCCCACAUAAGAGUUCACACUGGUGAGAGCCCUUACGUCUGCAAACAGUGUGGGAAGAGUUGCUCAAACAAAGGAAAUCUUAAGGCUCACAUGAGAACUCACACAGGAGAGAAGCCAUUUGUGUGUCUUGAGUGUGGAAAAUGUUUUACAUGUGAAAUAACCCUUACUUUCCACAUGAGGCUUCACUCAAGAGAGAACUCUUUUAAUUGUCAGCAGUGUGGAACGAGUUUCUCAGACAAGAGACGCUUUACCUGGCAUUUAAAAAGGCACUUAAAAAUUCACUCGCGAAAGAAGUCUUUCAAGUGCGAUGACUGUGGAAAGAGUUUCAGAUUUAAAGGAAACCUCAAGACUCACAUGAGAGUUCACACCGGAGAGAAACCUUACACCUGCACUCAGUGUGGGAAGAGUUUCAGUCAGAAAAUAACACUUGACAUUCACAUGAGAGUUCACACCGGAGAGAAACCUUUCACAUGUCUUCAGUGUAAGAAGAGUUUCACAUAUAAAAGUGACCUGAAACGUCAUUUGCAAAAACGUUGUGAAAAGAAGUUGCAGUGCUCUGAGAGUGGAAAGACGAUUAGAAAAAGGAGCAAUUUCAAAAAUGUUCAACACAUUCAAUCUGAAGAAAGGCUAUUUAGUUGUGAUCAAUGUAAUAAAAAAUUCCUUUUGCCAUCACACUUACAGAUACACCAGAAAAGUCAUGCAGAUGUGAGAAAACAUUUGUGUUCGUUGUGUGGAAAGAGAUUUAAAUGGCUCGGCGGUUUAAAAUGGCACCAGAAAAUUCGUAUCUGUGUGAAAGUAAGGCUACGGUCACGCCACAGCUGAAUGUGGCUCAAAUGUGAUUGUCCACCUUAAUGACAAUUUGUAUUCUUCACUUCUUUAUAAUUUUGACUUUUUUUGUCUUAUACAUAUGAAGGGUUAGGGUUGGCUUUAGUUCAGUUUUUUUUUUUGCAGAUUAUUACAUUCACAAAAAGAUAUUACACCCUUCUGUAUUUCUGUGACAAUGCUGCAAUGUGAAUGAAAGAUUAUAAAUAAAAGGACAUGAGUGAAAUAAUGAAUGAUGAACUGUGCAU